CUACUCAGUUCGAGUUGAAACGUUCAAGACGUCGGUCGCAUUUUCAAUUUACUCUGCCGAGACAGAAAUACAAAUAUCACCAAGUGUGGAAUAUUAUUCAUCAGUUGAAUUUAUAAAGAAGACGAACAUUUUUACAAAGUCCAAAAAAUAAAUGGAUUAUUUGAGAAAAAAUCAUUACAUGUGAAAAUUAAAGUGUUAUUUUUAAAAAAAGACUCAAAGAAAAGAACAUUGCUACAAAAGGAUUAUUACUGAAAAAAGUAAAUAAAUCAGUUGAAAAAAAAAUUUCAACAAUAAUUUUGUGAAAAUAAAAUGGUCGUUUUAGAAACAGGAGGCUCAAUGGUUACCAUCGGUAACACACAAUAUUUACAACCGGAUUAUUUAUCACCACUUCCAACUACGUUGGAUGCAAAGAAAAGUCCAUUGGCAUUAUUGGCACAAACAUGUAGUCAAAUUGGUGCCGAUACAGCUGCCAUCAAACCAAGCUCUGGAUCAAUGGAUAAAAAUAAAAAAUCAGAAACAUCAAAAUCUCCAUCGACAAUAUCGAAAACGCCACGAUCAAAUACAUCACCGCAAGAAACACGUCCGUUAGCAUUCAAGCCAUACGAAUUAAAUGUACUAACAACGAAAGGUAGUGAUGAUCGGCCAUCAUCAAAAGCCAGUAGUACAAAUGGAAGUGUUUAUGAUGAGAAACAAAAACAAAGUGCCCGUGUGCCAUCGCGAAACAAAACAAAUGGUUCGCCAAUCGAAUUAAGUGCAGUGAAUAACAAUAAUAGCCGUGAAACAAAAUCAGAAAGUGGAAGUGUUGGAAAACAAACGCCAAUCGGUUUGGAACGUAAAUCAACAUCACCCAGUGGUUCACAACGUGGCAACAGUCCAAUAAUCCGUUCUGGCUUAGAAGUACUGCACGGUCAUUCAUCAAAAGACUUAGCAAUGAGUGGUGCAUUCAAGCCAAAUUCAUUCGGUUUAAAUCCAUUGGCUGCAUUAUGUUGCCCACCCGGUAUGGAACAACAUGCAUCAAAUCCAGCAUUUCGUCCACCCUUUGCAAAUGGUUUUGCUCAUCAUCAUGCUGCUAUGUUGGCCGCUGCCGCUAGUUAUCCACCAAAUACACAAAAUCCAUACAUUACGUAUCAACGCAUCAAAACUCCAUCAGGUGGUGAAACGGUUAUACCGAUUUGCAAAGAUCCAUAUUGCACUGGAUGCCAAUUUUCACAACACAAUCAACAUAUGAUGUUGGGCAUCCCAUGUCCGGCUGGAUGCACACAAUGCGAACAACAAAAAUAUGGUUUAGCCAUGGCACAAGCAAUGUCAGGCAUACCACCAAAUAAUCCAUAUUCACAGGUUGAUCGUUCUUAUAUGUGCACAUGGGUUGUUUCCGAUGGAUAUUGUGGAAAACGUUGUUCCUCAUCCGAUGAAUUGGUACAACAUUUACGAACACACACACCAAAUCUAUCCGAUCCAACAGCAACAGCCGUUUUAAUGCAAGCCCAACAAAGAGCAAUCGCUUCAAUGCAUCCAUUUGGACAAUUAUCGCUAGCAUCGUCAUUGCAUCGUGGCUACCCAACCGGACCACAAUUGAGUCCAUUGUCAUCGGCAGCUCGGUAUCAUCCAUAUGCAAAACCAAGUCCGGCCGCAGCCGCCGCCGCUGCUGCUGCUGCAGCCACACUACCCGGUUCACCUUAUGCAACAUUUAAUCCGGCUGCUUUGAGCAAUCCAUAUUAUUCACCAUAUGCAUUAUAUUCGCAAAGACUUAACGCAGCUGCUGCUGCUGCAGCCAUCAAUAACCAAUAAAUCACCACUCACUCAAACACUCAGUAAAACUCAAAUUUCAAGCACCUAGUGAACACAAAUUAGUUUUUGAGCAUGCAACAGAAGAGAAUUAAAGAAAAAAAUUACACAUAAACAAAAAGAAAUGAAUAUCAUUCGCAACAAUUCAAUUAAGUCGACGGAUGAAAUUCGAUUUGUUUCAAUGAAUUAUUGUCCAUUUCUCUGAACAGCAUUAACAACAAACCCACAUAAAUACAUACAUACAUAUAAAAAAAAUACAUUUAAAGUCUAUUCUGUGAUAUUAUCGAUUUGUUUUAAAAUGAUGAUGAGAAGGAAAAAAAAGAAGAAAAAUGAUGAGAAAAAAAAUGCGAUGAAAAAUGUUUAGAGUAUCGUUUCGAUUAAGAGUCGAGUUCAAAAAUUCAGUGAAUGGAGAACGCAAAGAUUUAAAAAAAGUUUUCACCAAAUAUUUAAUUCAUUUGAGUUUAUCGAUUUAGAGUCAAUUUAUCUCAAUUUAUUAAUUUUGAUUGUACGUUUCUGUUUAUUUUUGUUUCUUUCCUUUCGUUUUUGGCCUCUUAAAAGAAGGAAAGUCCAAUUUUACCAACACACAUUGCAAUGAAUAAAAAACAAAAACGCAAAUAUUAUUGUAAAUAAAUGUCGAAAGUAACAGAAAAAAACACACAGAGAAAUGAAAACAAAAUAAUUUUUAUUAAGAUUUAACGUUCUCUUAUAUUUUUAAGUUGUAUAUUGUAUAUGAAUAUUACUGUAAUAACAUUGACUUAAUGAUGAAAUUCGAUUAAUUUAAAAACCAAAUGGAUUUAAUUAUGGAUGCGA